AUGGCAAUAGAGUUUGACGUGCUCCAAACCAAGACACAUGACGAUAUGAAAGAUCAGCACGUGGGGCUGAACAUCCAGGGCCAUGACAAAUCGAUCACCACUGUAAAGUCCCCAUUCCCACUGGCCAACAAGCAGGCAUACACGGCGUGGGUGGACUAUGCACCAGGGGAUCCUGGCACAGUCCAGGUGUUCCUGGCAAAAACAACAGUGAAGCCUGAGAAGCCGCUGUUAGACAGGCGGCUGUCACUGUGUGCGGUGCUGAAGCCGGGACCACCGCAGCCGCAGGGGGAGGGGAUGCAGCAGCAGCCACGCGCGUUCUAUUUUGGCUUCGUCGCGUCCACCACAGUGAAGCCGUUCAUGGUGCAAAGCAUUCUCCGCUCUGCUCUGCGCACAGACGCAUCCUGGGCAUUCGCAGUGGCGUCAAGCAUAGAAGCAGCAUACGGCAUCGCAACAAAUCUAGAGGCGCCGCAGCUGUCAGUGGACUCACUCUUCACAGCCAUGAAUCUGACCACCCAGGCAGCCAAGUGCACUGCUGGAGGCUCCCCGACUGAUGCCUUUAAGAAGCUGGUGUCUCUGCCUGGUGGUGCCAUCACCAUGGAAGGCAAUAAGGUAUGUCACUAUGGGAUAGCAGCAGUAGUGAAAGCAACAUAUCUGGCUCAGGUAUGUUACUGA